AUGAACUCCAUCUCGCGGCACGACGUGAACACGCUGCUUCGACAAGUCCAGGGCAACUCCCUGUUCAACCGCCAGCUCUCCUCCGUCUGCCAGGUAAAUGGGCUUAAGAGCACCGGCGUCAAAGCUGAGCUCCAGCGACGCAUCGUACACCGUGACUUCUCGUUCAAACCGAGCCCUUUCUACAGUGUCGAAGGUCCCGUGAGUGGCUUGCGUACUUUUAUGGCGCAGCAUAGGAACACCGUCACCAUACCACUAAGACUAAGCGACUAUCCUAUUCUCCAACGAUGCAGCGACGAUAAAUCAUACAGGAUCAUGGUCUUUUGUGCGAGCGACGAUAGCGGCCUGCAAGACGUGGCGUUUCCACACCAAUCCGAGCUUCGAGUCAAUGGUGACGAGAUCAAAGCUAACCUUCGAGGCCUCAAAAAUAAGCCUGGCUCUACCAGGCCUGUUGAUAUCACCAACGCUCUUCGCCUACGGUCAAAUUACAUGAAUAAUAUCGAGUUUACAUAUGCUCUGACAAACAAGAAAUUCUAUCUUAUUGUAAACCUUUGCAAGGCAACGUCAGUAAGCGAACUGGUGACGACGAUAUCCAGCCGAAGAAAGAUUUCUGAGGAAUCGGUAAUAUCGGAGCUGAAUAAAAUAGCACAAGAUCCGGAUGUCGUAGCUACAUCUCAGGUUUUGUCACUCAAAUGCCCACUAUCAUACAUGAGAUUGGAAGUCCCUUGUCGGAGUCUUAGCUGCACACAUCUACAAUGCUUUGACGCAACGUCUUAUUUGCAACUUCAGGAGCAGGGACCGCAAUGGUUAUGUCCUAUUUGUAACAAGUCGGCGCCAUUUGACCAAUUAGCGGUUGACGGUUACGUCAAAGCCAUUUUAGAAAAGACACCAAAGAGCCUGGAAACAGUCACUAUUGAGCCAAAUGGAAAGUGGUCUAGCAAACCGCCCAAUGAGGACUCAUCGCCAUCCAGACCACGGGGGGCAGCUCUGGAGGAUGAUGAAGACGACGAGUUGGAGGUGUCCGAAAUCAUAAUUGGCGGACGUCGAUUAGAAACACCAAGGAAGCUGUCCCAUUAUACGGAUACCCCGAGUUCCGGUGGCAGAGAUCAUUCCUCAACAGCACCGCGAGGCUCACACAGCGCCAAACGACCAGCACCAGCGGUGAUUGACCUAACACUAUCGUCUGACGAUGAAGAGCCCAUUCAGCGACCGAGCAAGCGCCAGCACACGAACAUGGUUACCUAUCAUCGCGCCUCAAGCCCCCCGUUUCUAAGCGAGUCUCCUAUCAAUUACCAACACUAG